UCCACCUCUGUGACUUUGCUGGAUAGCCCAAGGCUGUGUGCUCCUUUGCUGCGCCCACCUGCCUCGGUCACAAGGAUGCCAGACCUGAUCCCUGUCCAAGACUUCAUCUCCCAAACCCAAGAGGAUUUGAGCUCUCCAACAACCUCCUCCUUUACUAGCCACAUGGGCAAAUGCAGGAACACCGUUUGCAGCUUAGAGGAGGACUUGGAUUCAGAUCGAACUGUUCUGCAAAAAAUGAGGAAAGCAGUCAAAGCAGAGCACACCACUGGACAAGAUCUCAUUAGCCACUUAGAAGCUCAUAUUGCUGCCCUGGAGAAGUUUUCAGGAAACUAUCGUAACAACGGAGAUGAAAAAUUGUCUGAAGCUUUUACCACCUUUGCUUCAUUUUCACAAGAGCUGCUAGAAGCCAUCAAGAGCCUGUUGCUGAGCCUCUAUCACAACAUUCAUUUUUCUCUGGAUUCACUGAUCAAAGGAGAUUUCAGAGGGGAUUUUAAAAAGCCUUUUGAGAAAGCUUGGAAAGACUAUGAAAACAAACUUGCAAAGAUAGAGAAAGAAAAGCGGGAGCUGGCAAAACAGUAUGGAAUGGUGAGGACAGAGGUUGCUGGAGGAGAGAUUGCGGAAGAGAUGGAAAAAGAGCGAAGGAUGUUCCAGUUACAGAUGUGUGAGUACCUAAUUAAAGUGAAUGAGAUUAAAACCAAGAAAGGAGUUGACUUGCUGCAGAAUAACAUCAAUCACUGCAACUCCCAGUUCAAUUUCUUCCAGAACUGUUUAAAGGUAACAGAGAAGCACAGACAAUUCAUAGAGAAACUUACUCCUGAGCUGCAGAGUAUGAAGUCAAAGCAGGAGGAGGAGAAGAAGCAGUUAUGUUCCCUUCGGGAUCAGCUCAAAGCAGCAUUGCAGUUGGAGUCCAAAGAGCAGGAUUUUGUGAGCAAGCCAGUGAGGUAUAGCAUGCAUCAGCUCCAGGGAAAUAAGCAGUAUGGCACAGAGAGAUCUGGGAGCCUCUUUAAGAAAAGUGAUGGCUUAAGGAAAGUCUGGCAGAAGAGAAAAUGCACAGUCAGGAAUGGCUAUCUUACCAUUUCACACAGUAUGUUAAAUCGUCCUCCGGUCAAGCUGAAUUUGCUCACUUGCCAAGUUAAACCAAAUGCGGAUGACAAGAAAUGUUUUGAUCUUAUUUCACAUAAUCGGACAUAUCACUUCCUGGCAGAGGAUGAACAAGAAUGUAAUAUAUGGGUCUCUGUUCUGAGUAACAGUAAACAAGAAGCUUUGAACGUGGCCUUCAAACAAACACAAGACAAGGAAGGAUGCAGCAUGGAGGACCUUACUGGAGCAAUCAUUGAGGAAAUAAAGCAUAUGCCAGGAAACAACAUGUGCUGUGACUGCUCAACUCCAGAUCCAGCAUGGCUCUCCAUUAAUUUGGGGAUCUUAAUCUGCAUUGAAUGCUCUGGGAUUCACCGAGAGAUGGGUGUUCAUCACUCCCGUAUCCAGUCAUUAGCCUUGGACAAGUUGGCCACCUCAGAGCUUCUGUUGGCUAAAAAUAUUGGAAACUCACAAUUUAAUGACAUAGUAGAGCCCAACCUUCCCAGUUCAUCUUCAAAGCCUACUAAGGACAGUGCAAUGACUCUUCGGAAAGAUUUCAUAAUUUCUAAGUAUGUUGAUAGGAAGUAUGUUGUUCCAAGGAUCAUGAGAAGUCCAGUUGCCAAGCUCAAGAAUUUGGAGAAUGCUGUCAGAGAGAAGGAUAUAUUUAUUUUGCUUCAGGCAUAUGCAGAAAAAAUGGAUUUAAGUGAGCCUGUUUUGGAGUUUACCCGGGAACCUAGAGAGACACUUCUUCAUCUGGCAGUUCUAGUGAGUGACCGAACCUCAUUGCAUAUUGUAGAUUUUCUGGCACAGAACAGUGGAAGCCUGGUGAAGCAGACAGCCAAGGGCAAUACUCCCCUUCACUAUUGCAGCCUGCACAAUAAACCUGAAUGCAUAAAACUCCUUCUGCGAGCAAAAGCCAACAUUGCAAUUACUAAUGAAGCUGGAGAGACAGCCCUUGAUAUUGCUAGGCUAAUGAAUCACACUGCAUGUGAGGAUCUGCUAUUGCAGGCUGAAAGUAAUCAGUUCAAUAUGCGUGCCCAUGUCGAAUAUGAGUGGCGGCAAGGCCAAGAGGAUAUGUUUGAAAGUGAUGAUGAACUGGAUGAGAAGCUCUGUCCUGUGAAAAAAGAUCGCUUUCAUCGUCCACAAAGCUGCUACAAUCUGCCCGGGUCGGCCUCUCAGUCAUGGAAGAAUCCAGUGGGUUUUUUCAGAGGAGCCAACCCAGCAUCCCAGGACAAAUGUCAUGACUUAUAUGCCAUACCACAUGCCUCUAGAUCUGCUGCAAGAGCAUCUCCUCCCACUUUUGCUUAUCCAGGCCCACCACUGCCACCACGCAAUGCACCCAAAGCCCCCCGCUUCCCUCCUCCAAUACCUCCAACCAGCAGCUCUGUCUACCCUGCAGAUACAGCAGCUAAAAAGGUUGUGCCUCCACCUCUGACCAUUAGACAUAAGCGGACCUCCUCAGAGCCUUUCCCCUCUACACCACUGAAUCACAGACCUUCUGAUGAUUCUAGAUCUUUCUCACUUCCAAGACGCUGCUCUCCAGAAGGAGCUUCUCCUAGGAGUGUGAGUUCUCAGCCUUCUGAACUCCCUGAAGGGCUGGAUUCCUGGCAGCAAGCUACCUCGAAAGAAAUGAAGAUUCCUUAUGAGCCAAACCAAAACUCAAGAGAGAACCAUUGGGCUUCUUCUCAGUCUCCUGAGUCAUCAGAUGAUAUUCCUCCACCACUGCCAAGAAGGGGAGACAUUCAGAAUAAGCCCUGUCUGCAUCGUGUCAGAGCCCUUUAUGAUUGUCAGGCUGAUCGUGAAGAUGAGCUCACUUUCAAGGCUGGAGAAAUCAUUAUAGUAGAAGGACAGGAGGACUCCAACUGGUGGCAUGGCAGGAUUGAAGAACACCCUCAUAGGAAAGGUGCCUUCCCAGUGUCAUUUGUUUAUAUACUGCCUGAAUAAAAGGUGAAUAACUGGAAGACAUACAUCUAAUUCACUCAAAUUACAAUCUAUUCUGCUUUAAUAGGGCCUCCUGCCCUCUGAAAACACACCCAUUAAUCUGCAGUCAACAGUUCUACAGAAGGACUUGCUGGAGUUAGAAUCAAAUUCAUUGGUACUGAAAUGUCAUACACAGGACAAACACCUCGUCUUCAAGUCAUUGGCAAGCAGUUCACUGAUUUUUAAAAACACAAUACCUGAAGUACAAGAUCUAUUUGAUGAACUCAUCAAACAUUCUUGUGAUAAUGGUGCAAUUUCUUGCUGCCACUGUAUGUGCAUGAAUGCAAGAGGUGCAUGGGUGCCUUUCAAACCCCAUCAUCAUCCAGCUGUUAGAAUGGAGAAUGAUCCAAGCAGAAAGACUUCACUGAUUGGAACUGCCUGUAGUGGGUUCUUUCACAUAAUCUUCAAAGUGGCAUGGGAAGACCACUUCUACUCUGCUCUACGCAAACGGAUAUGAAUGGGGUCAACAGGAUUCCAAGACCGCAGUGGGGAACAUUCCACCACUUCUGUGAUUAUUCCAGCCCUGCUAUUUUUCACUGAAUAAUGUAAAAUCAUCAUGUAUUUUAUGACUUGUCUGUUUGUAAACCUGCAUCUGAAAUAUCAAAAAGUAAAAAUCACAAAAUAUAUUUCAGUUUUUGCAAACACAUCCAGCCCUUCCUUGAAAGCAUUGUUUAUUAUAGAAAGAAUAUAACACAUACACUAAUUCAGAGCCUUCUAAAUUUUCCAACUAGAUGCAUUAUCCUCCUACUAUUUUAAUACAGCCUUAGAGUAAAUAUGGUAGGUUGAAGUUUCCUUUUUCCCAAGUUAAAAGGACAGUUUCUUUUAAAUCAGUUCCAUUUUUGUUUCUAAUAAUGCAAAAUUAUGUUACUAAUGCAGAACUCUUCUACUUGCUCUUAUGUUAUUAAAAUAAAUACAGUACUCCAAA